AUGCAUUUCAAGGGGAAAUUCCAGCCAAUCUAUCGCGCUGCCCAAAACCUUAGACUCAUCAACUGUAAUUUCAAUGACCUUAUCGGAGAAAUCCCAGCGAUGUUCGGGUCUCUUUCCAAGCUUGCUGAACUGUCCCUCUUCUCCAACAUUCUCACUGGAGUCAUUCCACCAUCUUUGGGUAACCUUAAGCUUUUGAAAAAACGUUCUCUGGGAAGCAAUAGUCUAUCUGGAAUAAUUCCAGAUUCCCUUGGCAGCCUUAUCAACUUAAUUUUUUUUGGCGUUGGUGAAAAUAAAUUGUUUGGUACUGUUCCUCCAUCCCUGUUCAAUCUUUCUUCUCUCACGGAUAUGUUUAUUCCCUCUAACCAGUUCACAGGUUCUCUGCCCGCAAACAUCGGCCUUACGUUACCUAACCUACGUAGUUUAGCGGUGGCAAUAAAUGGAUUCACUGGACCUUUUCCAACUUCUUUAUCUAAUGCAUCUCGAAUGGAAAUGCUUGAUGUGUCCAUCAACAACAUUUUUGGGCCAAUCCCAACAGAUCUAGGUAGAAGAAUGAUGAAUCUUUCGUGGUUUAAUUUCGGUUACAAUAAUUUAGGCAUUGGGGGUGCUGGCAUUGGGGGUGCUGGUGACUUGAGUUUUAUUGAUUCUUUCACUAAUUGCACCAAGCUACAAAUCCUGGGAAUAAAUGCAAAUGAUUUUGGUGGUGUUCUACCUGAUGCCAUGGCAAAUCUAUCAACUCAGCUCGACAAGCUACUGCUUGGACGUAAUCGAUUAGUUGGAAGCAUCCCCGCCAGCACUUCCAGGUUUGUUAACUUAGGUGCCCUUGGUUUGGAAUACAAUUAUUUUUCAGGCACCAUUCCCUUCGAUAUUGGAAACCUCAAAAACUUGCAAGCACUACUUCUAGCUGGAAAUGAACUGUUUGGAGCCAUUCCAUCAUCGAUUGGAAAUCUGACUCGAUUAUUUCUACUGAAACUAGAAGAGAACAACUUGACAGGAAGCAUUCCUUCGAGUAUUGAAAGCAUCACCGGCUUGCAAAUAGCGAAUCUUUCUUAUAAUAGCUUUGUCGGUUCUAUACCCAAAGCAAUUGGUCUCUUGUCCACUUUACGUUCCCUUGACUUAGCUCAUAACUCAUUUACGGGCUCACUACCAGAAGAAAUUGGUAAAUUGCAAAAUUUACAGGAACUAUAUCUUUCAGAGAACAAAUUUUUUGGUGGGAUUCCUAGCACCCUUAGUGAGUGUCUGAAAUUGGAGCGUCGUUAUCUGGAGGGUAACACAUUCCAGGGAAUAAUUCCUCUCUCUUUUGGUUCCUUAAAAGGAAUUGUAGACAUGGAUCUUUCUCUCAAUAACUUGUCUGGCCAAAUUCCUAUUGAACUGGAGACACUAAUUUAUUUGAAGAAUCUUAAUUUGUCAUUCAAUAACCUAGAAGGAGAGGUACCAUUAGAAGGUGUGUUUAGCAACACAAGCAUAGUGUCACUUCAAGGAAAUUUGGAGGUUUGUGGGGGGAUUUCAGAGCUGCAAUUGCCCACUUGCCCAAUUAAGAAGAUCCCCAAGGAGAGAAAUAAACUAGCUUUCAGAUUUGAAAUCAUAGUCCCUGUUGUGGCAUCUGUAAUAUUGGUUGCUCUUUUGGUUUUUCUAUAUAGGAAAGGAAAACCCAAAGAAACCGUUAAUUCUCAGUCAUUAUUUAAAGAAGAGUUUUUGAGGGUUUCUUAUGAUGAUCUCCUUAAAGCUACUGACGGAUUUUCUUUGACUAACUUGAUUGGUGCUGGAAGCUUUGGCACUGUGUAUAAAGGAAUUCUCCAUCACGAUGACAAACCCGUGGCAGUGAAGGUGCUCAAUCUUGAACAGUUAGGAGCAUCCCAGAGCUUCAUUGUUGAGUGUGAAGCCUUAAGGAACACUAGGCACCGAAAUCUUCUCAAGCUAGUAACUGUAUGUUCGAGUAUAAACCACGAAGGUAAUGACUUUACAGCUCUAGUCUUUGAGUUCAUGCCUAAUGGUAGUCUGGAGGAUUGGUUGCAUCCACUUGGAGACUCAUUGUCACAAUCAAGGAAUUUGAGCCUCGCACAAAGGUUCAUACUCUUCCUUCAUGAAUUCUCUAAGAGAGCACUGUCUGAGCAGGUGAUGGAGAUCUUGGAUCCGCGUUUGUUGUUAGAAGAAUCUAAUGUAGCUAUAAACAAUAAUGAGAGUCAAGAAGUCAGAGAAGCUAAACUGAGGGAAUGUUUGACUUCCCUAGUAAGGAUUGGGGUUGCAUGCUCUGCAGAGUCACCUGGUAAACGAAUGUACAUCAAAGAUAUACUUAAAGAAUUGAAUAUUGGCAAGGAACUAUUGCUUGGUGAUGAGAUUCAUGUAAGGAGACAUAUUAGAAUGCAUCUAAUUGGUGAAGGAACAUCUCGGCCUGGUGACUAG